AUGGAUUCAGCAACUGGUGGAGACCUAAUGGAGAAGACCACCACCGAAGCUUUUGAGUUUCUAGAGAAGAAACUUUAUAUCAACAUCCCUUUCACUGAAGUCCUAGCUCAAAUGCCAUUUUAUGCAAAGUUUUUGAAAGAGAUACUCUCCAACAAAGGGAAACUAGAUGACUAUAAGACAGUGACCCUCACUGAAGAAUGCAGUGCAAUAUUGCAAAACAAAUUGCCCCUGAAGCUGAAAGAUCCUGGAAGUUUCUUCAUACCUUAUCUCUUAGGUAACAUGAAGAUCAACAAAGCCCUUUGCGAUUUGGGAGCAAGUGUCAACAUUAUGCCUUUAUCCAUCUGUCAAAAACUGAAUGUUGGAGAGUUGAAUCCAACCACUAUCUCCCUGCAAUUAGUAGACAGAUCUGUCAAGUACCCAAUUGGAAUUCUGGAGAACAUUCUAAUAAAGAUGGAAGAAGACGUCCAAAUUCCCAUAAUUUUAGGAAGACUCUUCUUAGUAACUAGAGGAGCCAUCAUUGAUGUUAAAAAUGGGCAGUUGACUCUCAAAGUUAGAGAAGAGGAAGUAGAAUUCAACCUGUUUCAAGCAAUAAAGAAAAAGCUAAACAUGGAUGAAUGCUUAAGGAUAGACAUUAUUAAUGAGCUAGUAGAAGAGGAGUUCAAAAAGAAAUAUCCAGAAGAUCCUCUAGAAGCCUAUGUUGUGCAUAGUAGUAACAUUGAAGAUGAAAACAAAGAGAUAAUAGCAUGUGCACAACUACUGGAAGCUAGCCCACCAUUACCACCAGCUUAA